ACACAUUUUAAUUUUAUGCAUUAAAGUGCUACAUUUAUAAAUUCGCUUGGUUAGCGGAAUGCGCAGGUUCGAAUCCUGUCUGACAACUUGAUCGAGUGGUAUUUCUUUAGUAGUAAAAUGUCAUUAAGAUUUAUACAUCAAGUAGUUUAUUGCUUAAAAAUAUAAUAAACUGCAAUCGCCAUUCCUCCUUAUAUUACGAAAUAAAUGAGGUGGGUCCAGGUCGUACAGGCCUGCGCUCAUAAACGUAAGCAGCCAGGUACUGUUCAGAAGUGCCCCAAAGUACAACCUAUUAUAAGUUGACGUUUUGUGGAGGGUAACUACGGAACCACUUUAUUGCGCGUGCGCGGGCUAGACAAUGCCAUACACCAAGCCCCCCAACCUGGGGUGUCUUCGGACCAGACCAGCAAACCUCAAAUAUAAAUAGCGAAAAAAUACCCUUUUGCUGCCCGGGUGAAGUAAGACACAAUACACAGGUAUGGCAAUUAUAGUGGCUUCACGCCUUUAGGUGUUUAUUGCGCAAUGGCAAAGCAUCUUAAAAGUCUGCCAGCAUGAGAUUGAUAUACAUUAUUGGUUUCCCAUUCCAACUUUAUGUCUAACUUAUCUAUGUCUAUGCAAAAAUUCAUUAUAAUCGACUCAGCGCGGUUUAAGUGUAAAAGCGAAAGAAACAAACAAACUCACUGUCGUAUUUAUAGAUUAACAUUAAAUAGAGUCUAAAGUUUUCCAGAUUAAAUAGUUUAGGUAUUAAGUAAAAUACUAACCUAAAUAAAUAUAUACGUUCAAAAUGAGUUAUUCCACAGUAUACGUACUUAAUAUCACAUAACAAAGGUCUCAGAUUUCCUGACAGCAAAUAAGGUACGUAUUUUUAAUUUAUGUGUACUUUGCUCGUAGUUUUGUUUAUAUUGGUGUUAAUGCUUACAUGACGAAAUAUUCUAACCACACAUUUGGGCUGGAAUUAAUUAUCAAUGAAAGCAUUUUUAUUAAUAGCAUGCGUCCUAAGAUUCAUGAGUAGUAUUAUAGUUAUCUAAUUGAUAAACAUAAAUCAAAGAAUCUAUAUUAGUACUUACUUAAAUGCGCUCUCUAAAAGCAGUUUUACACAAACUUAGAGAAUUAUUAUUGCGACUAAAGUAGCAAAAUUUUUGUGUAUUGAUUCAUGUACCGCCAAUUCUCUAAAGGAGGUACGGCCUCCAGUCCUAAAGAAUUUCCCAAACCCUUUGGACAUUUUUUUUCUAAAGUUUUAGUUUAUUGCUACAAUGGUGUAGAUUAAAUCAAUUUAAGGUUUGGUCAAAUUUAUUUUACGGACCAGAGUAUCUUUUCAAAGAGGGAUACAAAAUGUGGAAUCAUAAAACAAAAAGGAGAUUAGCAUAUUAUUUUUCCACAAGGGUCAGAGACAUGCAUAAUUCACAUACCUCAACAGGAUCACUGUAUCGACUUGCUUACCGCAAUAAUAUUUUAAUCUUUUCUGAGAAACAGAGCUUGAGGAUCGUGUUACGAGUUUUUGUCCGGUUUUUUAUAACAUUUCGUUCUUUAUUUUAUUUCUACGAAUAGAAAAAAUGCACCGACUUAGACAAAUAGUGUCCCAACAGUCCUACAAAACCGUAUCUUAUUACAGGAGUUAUAAAUCGGCAAGUGCAGAUUAUGUUCUUAAUAUGGAAGAGAUGCCUCACCCAAGAGAGUUACCACUGUUUGGUACUAAAUUAUCGCUACUAGCAGCAGGAAGUGGAUCCAAGUUACAUGAAUAUAUCGACAAUAGGCACAAACACUUAGGCCCAAUAUUUUAUGAAAGACUAGGGGGCGCAUCCAGACUGGUAUUCAUAAGUGACCCUGCCCUAAUGAAGACAUUAUUUCUUAACUUGGAGGGAAAAUAUCCUGCCCAUUUGUUGCCGGAACCGUGGCUAUUAUACGAACAACUGUACGGAGCCAAGAGAGGCUUGUUUUUCAUGAAUAAUGAGGAAUGGUUAACAAACCGCAGAAUAGUGAACAGACACGUCCUGAGGGAGGAUUCGGACAAAUGGUUACAGAGUCCUGUCAAAGAUACCAUAAAUAAAUUCGUGCAAAAAUGGAGAAAACAAGCUAAAAAUGAUGAAACUUUUAUGCCUGAAUUAGAAUCAGAUUUAUACAGACUGUCUACAGACGUCAUAAUAAGUGUGUUAUUGGGUGGACAGUGUAUGACAGAAAGUUUGUAUUAUGAAGAGUUAUUAAAAAUAUUUUCUGAAUCUGUAAAAAAAAUAUUUGAAACCACCACUUCACUAUACGCUUUGCCUGUGUCUUGGUAUCAACAGCUCAACUUGAAACCAUGGAGAGAAUUUAAGGAAAGUGUGGAUACAUCGAUUUUCCUGGCACAGAAAAUUGUUCAAGAAAUGUUAAAUAAAAAAGAAAGUAAUAAAGGACUCAUAAGGAAACUCUGUCAAGAACAAAUGAGCGAUGAUACAAUCACCAGGAUUGUAGCAGAUUUUGUGAUUGCAGCAGGGGAUACGACAACCUACACAACUUUGUGGACUUUACUGUUACUCUCCAAUAACGAUGUAGAAAAAAAACAGAUUCGUGAAAAUGAUGCUGCAUAUGUCAAGAAUGUCGUCAAGGAAGCAAUGCGAUUGUAUCCUGUAGCUCCUUUUCUAACACGAAUUUUACCAAAAGAAAGUGUACUGGGGCAAUAUAUUCUGGAUAAAGGAACUCCUGUUAUAGCUUCCGUUUAUACAAUUGGACGUGAUGACAAUAAUUUUAGUGAAGCUAGUAAAUUUGCACCUUAUCGUUGGAGUAGGAAUGAUCCAAAAAAGUUAAAUUUCAAAAACCAUAUUCCUUCAGCCUCACUGCCUUUUGCUUUAGGAGCUAGAUCUUGUAUAGGAAAAAAGAUAGCCAUGUUACAGCUUACUGAAAUUAUAAGACAGGCAAGUUUAAAACAUUAG